GUUUUUAAAAUUGUUGCGGCUCCGUUUGUUUGACUGUUGACAAAUCCCAUUUUCAACGUGUCCACAAAGGGACCUCUAUCAUUGCUGGCAUUGUAUCCAUUGUGGAGAGAGCCAUGUCACAAAUACCAAGAGCAGAAACAAAGAAAACAGGUCAUAGACUUGAAUCCAAAGACAAAGCAACUCUAUCCACAGCAGCAAAUACUGUCCAGAAAUCAGAUGGUAUCCUUAAACCCCAAAAAGAAAACAUAGCAAGGAAAAAUGUUGCUCCUAAAGUUUACAAAGGGGUUUCCACCAGGUACGGUCAACAGGCAGAGCUCAAGGAACAAAAUCAACAUUUGAUGGCUGCCAAUGAGGAGCUGCAGAAAAACCUGUCAGAGACACAGCAAAAAGUAGCUGAGCUGGAGCUGCAGUUCAAUGACCUUGAAAAGGAAAAUGCAGAGGUCCAGAAAAACCUGAAGGACUGUCAUGUUCUCCUAGUUUCUGCCAAAAUAGACCCAGUUUUAGGAGAAAGGGUCGGUGAUGCUGCACAACAGAAUGAAGAUCAAAGGAAAGAAGCUAUGGGUAUUUCUGCUGAGCUGCUGAAUGAAUUAAAGGCCUUUGGUGAUAUGUCAUCACAGCAACGUGCUCAGCUGGAGGAGAUCCAGACAACAAUGACAGACCUUGCGAAAGCACGAGAACAUAUGAUGCAGGAAAGGGAGGAUUUCUCUCUUCAGGUGGCUGAAAUAGAAAACGCUCUCAAAGAAGCAGAAGCUCUCUUAUUGUAAAUGUGUUAAUAUUCCUCAAUUUAAUGAGUCUUUUAGAAAAGCUUUGUAUAUGUUGCAUGCAUUAUAUUGCUACUGUAACUGAAACUAAAUAAAGAAUUCUUAUUUACUCA